CAGAAUGUAGCUGCUGUCUUGCCUCACAGAACAGAACAGAACAGAACAGACUCUGCUGCAUCUCUCUCCAUAGAAUAUCUGUUGUCCGAAAAGUAAUUGUGUUUUUUUCAAAGUGAAGUUCUUGUAUUCCCCAGUCAAAGCAUGGAUUUCGAUCGUGUGCUUGAAAAGUGCGGGAACUUUGGUAGAUUCCAAUUUGUAAUACUCAUACUCUAUGGCUAUACGAACAUUCUCAGUUCCUUGCACUAUUUCUCGCAAACCCUCAUUACUUUCACACCAGAGCAUUGGUGCUCCCAUGAUGACCUCAUGGGUCUCAGUGCCGAGGAUCUACGCUCUAUCUACUCCAAUGUCUCCCAUUCCUCGUGUACUCCCCUGCAAGGCGUCAUCAAUGGCACUGGCAUACCCGCAGAUUCCUCGGAGAUCUGUCAGGACUGGAUCUUUGAGCGAGAGAGUGGCUACGAGAGUCUCACCACGGAAUUAAAGUGGGUCUGUGACAAGUCCCACCAACCGGCAGUAGGACAGUCUUUCUUCUUUCUGGGCUCUGUGGUGGGGACCAUUACCUUUGGCUUUCUAUCGGAUCACAUCGGGCGACUGCCAGCCAUGUUGAUGGCCACUCUUUCCGGUGCCACGGGGGACUUUAUGACCUCCUUUGUGCACACUCUCCCAUGGUUUGCCUUCUCUAGAUUUGUUUCUGGCUUGUCCACGGAUACCAUGUACUACCUGAUGUACAUUUUGGUCUUCGAGUACUUGAGCCCCAAGCGCCGUACCUUCGGCCUCAAUAUAAUCCUCGCUGUUUUCUACUGCUUUGGACUGAUGACUUCCCCCUGGGCCGCCAUCUGGAUUGGCAACUGGCGUCGCUACCUCUGGCUGGCCUCGUUGCCCGCUCUGGGAGUCCUGGUAUAUCCUCUGCUCAUCUGCGAGAGCGCCCAGUGGCUGCUCACCAAAAAGAAGUACGACGAGGCGGUGGCUUGCCUCAAGCGAGUGGCCAAGUUCAAUGGCAGACAAGUGGAGGACUCCGUCUUCGAUGAGUUCGUGAAACACUACCGCGAGAAGAUGAAUCAACAGGCUCAGGUGAACAAACAGAGGGACACUUUCCUGGGCAUGUUCAGGACCCCACGUCUUCGUCGGUUUACCUUGACUUUGCUGCUGAAAUCUGUCAUCAUAACCCUCUCGUACGAUGUGAUCAACCGCAAUAUGGAGGGUCUGGGCACGUCUCCCUUCAAGCUGUUUUCCCUCACAUCCAGCGUGUACCUACCCGCGGGCUUUGCGAUCCUCCUGCUGCAGAACCGGAUCGGUCGCAAGGGCAUGGCCUGCGGGGCACUCUUCGUGGGUGGCAUCAUCACUGCCGUUACGGGAUUCCUCAUCGCCUUCCUCGAUCCCAAGGAGAAUGCUAUCCUGCUGGCCUGCAUGGUGGCUCUGGGACGCUUUGGCAGCACCGUUUCCUACGACGCGGAGAUCCAGUACGCGGCGGAGAUCAUCCCCACCAGCGUGCGGGGACAGGCAGUGUCCAAUAUCCAUGUGGUGGGCCUGGCCUCCAGCUCCCUGGCAUUCUAUGUGAUCUACCUGGCGCAGUACUACAAGCCCCUGCCAUCGAUCUUCAUCAGUUGUCUGAUGUUCUUUGGCGCCGCUUUAUGUCUAUCCCUACCCGAAACCCUGCACAAAAAACUACCCGAAAGCCUGGCCGAUGGCGAGGUGUUUGCCAUGAACGAGAGCUGCUUUUACUUUCCCUGCUUCUAUAAGCGCCGCGAUGGCCUCACAAAGCAUGCGGAUCUCAAGUCUGAACCCUAGAGAACACUCCUCAACUGAUAAAACUGAUAAUCUGAUGAUAAACGAAUAACCUGAUGAUGAGCCCAACAAAUAAUGUUGGGUUUCGCCCGUAACUGAAUGGUCUGAUAGGUAAUAUUACUCAUGUGAAGGAUGCAUAGUAAUAGUAAACCAUAACCGUUGUUUAGAAAACACUCUUAUCUAAUAUAUCCUAUACCCCGUAUAUACCACAAACAGAACUGCUAAAUAUCUAUCUACUAAUCUAUGUUCUAAUUUUCUUCACGUUUUAUAAUGUA